UAUAUUCCACCUCUCUUUCUGUCUCUCUUCCCAUCUCACUGUUGCUGCUGAGAGCAGAGGAGAGAAGUCAUUUGUUCCUGGAGAUUCUGGUGGAAAACAGGACGUUAACAUGCAGCGCUGCGUGUCGUAAAUAAAACACACACGCUGCAGCCAUGCCAGGAAUACCUGCUGGUGGAAAUCUGCUGGAAGCUACGUGGGAUGUUCAUGAUGAAAAGUGACAGCAGUGACAGGAACGGAGGAUAAUCAUGAUGGACGGCAGACUGAUCUGUCCCCAGCCACAGGAACAGCAUCCCUCAACCUCCCCUUGGCUAUGUAGUACUGCUCCCUGAAGGAUACAUCGACCUUGACAUAUCUCAGCGAGCAUGACAACCUGGCACAGACUGAACAGAAAGCUCCUCUCUCUUUGCCAAUAGCUGCUGCAACAACAGUUUCAGGGACCACACGUCAGCAGAAAUCCACUUUGUCCUGCUGCAGGAACAAAUGAGGUCUUAUUUGUGAAGUUAGCACCGCUAACGGUUGACUCCAUAAGGGCCAAUUACUGGCUAAAAGGAAGACAGGCCAAAAUGCAGGAGACAGUGGUUGUGGCUUGUCUGCUGGCUGAGCUGUCUCUUCUUCUGGCGCUUGAGGGGGUUUCUUAUUGCCCUGCAAUGUGCCGAUGUGAGAUACGACCAUGGUUCUCUCCCAGUUCAAUUUACAGUGAGGCUGCCACAGUGGACUGUAAUGACCUGGGCCUCUCCGUGCUACCGGAGGGACUCCCCUCAGAAACACAGGUACUGCUACUGCAGACAAACAACAUUGUUAGUGUGGAGAAAACUUUAGAUAGCUUGGCCAACAUCUCUGAGAUUGACUUGUCUCAGAACAACAUUUCUUCAGUGAGUGAUGUUUGUCUGGGGUCUCUCCCCCAGCUGCUGUCACUCCACAUGGAGGAAAACUGGGUCCAGGUGCUUCCUAACAGCUGCCUGGCCUCUCUACCAAAUCUCCAGGAGUUCUACAUCAACCACAACCUCAUCUCCUCCAUCAGCUCCGGGGCUUUCCGGGGCGUCAGCAGACUGUUGAGGCUCCAUCUCAACUCCAAUCGACUGACAAGCAUCAACAGUCAGUGGUUCCAGCCUAUCCCCAACCUGGAAAUACUGAUGCUGGGAGAAAACCCCGUCCUCUAUCUGUCGGACAUGAACUUUAAACCUCUGGUUAACCUCAGAAGCCUUGUGCUUGCAAGGAUGAAUUUGACAGAGAUACCUGAUAAUAGUCUGGUUGGACUUGAGAACUUGGAAAGCAUUUCUUUUUUUGACAACCUGCUGAAAAGAGUGCCUCACCUGGCACUAACAAGAGUCAGGAACCUAAGAUUUUUGGAUUUAAACAAAAAUCCUAUUGAGACAAUCCAGAGUGGUGACUUUAAGGACAUGAUGCACAUUAAGGAGCUUGGCAUCAACAACAUGCCUGACCUUGUAUCUAUCGACAGUUUGGCCAUGAACAAUCUGCCAGAGCUGACGAAAAUUGAGGCCACUAACAACCCUGUGCUGUCCUACAUCAACCCGCAGGCCUUCCACAAGCUGCCCAGGCUGGAGACUCUGAUGCUGAACAGCAAUGCUCUGAGCGCGCUCCACUACAGGACUGUGGAGUCCCUGUCAAACCUACGAGAGGUGAGCCUGCACAGCAAUCCGAUUCGAUGCGACUGUGUUAUCCGUUGGGUCAACAUGAACAAGAGUGCUGUUCGUUUCAUGGAGCCGGAUUCACUGCUCUGUGAGGAACCUCUGGAGUAUAAAGGCCAGUAUGUCAAACAGGUCCACUUCAGGGAGAUGGCAGAGACCUGUUUUCCAUUGAUCUCAGGUAGGAGCCUUCCAGAUCAGGUUAAAGUCCAGAAAUGGAGCUCAGUGUUGUUGCAUUGUCGCACAUUUGGAGAGCCAGAGCCAGAAAUCUACUGGGUGACCCCGUCUGGUGACAGAGUGCCGCCUGGCAGGGUGUCUGGUAAGUAUUACCUGCACCCUGAGGGAAGUCUGGGCAUCUACGAUAUCACAGAGCAGGAAGCUGGCACAUAUAUCUGUGUGGCCCAGAACCUUGUUGGAGCAGAUCUGAAGUCUGUUUUAGUUUUUGUAGACAGAAAUACUUCCAUACCUUCCAGAAAACCUCUACAGGUCCACAUCACAUCUGUUCACUCUCAUUCUGUUAUGGUUUCCUGGGAAAGUUCAGGUGCUCUGUUAACCCUCCUAAAGUGGUCUGUUUUAACAGAAAAUCAUCGUCUCAUGGUACCGUUUAGAGCCAGGCUUCCUGCUGAUGUAAAACAGUACCACAUCCAGCAGCUGCAGCCAUCUACCUGCUACCAGGUGUGUGUUAGAGUCACCGUACCACAGCCUGGGUACAGCCAGGACUGUGUCAACGUGACCACCAAACAGACAGCUGUCCCAAGGCAGAAAACCCAGAACUGGACAAGUCUGGUGAUGGCAACCUGUGCUGUGUUUAUUAUCCUACUUUCUGUGGCUUGCUCUAUUAUCUGUAUGUCUCCAUGCAACCAGGUGUUUUACAGGAAACUGACAGCUAAUCCAGCUGAAGCAUCACUUAUUCCCAUCCCUCAUUCCUCUUUCUCCUCCAGUCGCCUUCAAGUUGACAAGGAUGGGAUGUAGGUGGGAGAAACUGACAGACUUAGCAGAGGACUCAGAUAAUAACCAACCCUGUAUGUAACUGUACUGUACUGUGGGAAAAACGGAAGACACUGGAUGAUAUGGUUUCAUUACACAAUGUUUGUACCAGAACUCGGCUGAAUGGCAUCACAGGAAAAUUCAUACACAGUUAAAAUGACCUUUGUGUAUCUCAAACUUUGUACUAGUGCAGUGUUUCUCAAUCCAGGUCCUUAGGACCCCCUGCCCUGCCAUUCAUUUCAUUCAGGUGUUUUAAAGUAGGGUUGCCUCUAAAGCAUGCGGGGCAGUGGGUCCUGAGGACCUGGAUUAAGUCUAACUGUCUAGCGUCACAAAGCAGAUAUAUUAAAUAUAAUAGUAGGUAGGUGGCUACUGGUCAUUAAUAAAGCAGAAAGUAUUCUGUCUAAAGAACAAAAAAGAGCUUCUGUAUCUGCUGUUAAAUUAAAUUGUGCAGAGCAAACAUAUCUUAUAACACCAAGUUAAAACAACUUGUUAGCUAAAAAACUGAGUAUAAUGUAAACAUUUUUAUGAACAAAUACAUUUUUCAUUAAAACCGUGUGGUGUCUUAUAAAU